AGCUGCAUAUCUUCGCCCUCAAUUCUCCUCUGCUGUCUCAGCUCAACCCAAAAAGUCCCUGACCUCGUUGCUUGCCCAUUGCUGCUCCGGUCACCACCUGCGCCUGCCCUGGUCGCUAGCUCCGUCAGCCACACCAGCGUCACCUGCUACUGCACAGACGGCACGCGGGACCACGCCCUCUUGACACUCGACCUCGCGCCUACUCCCUGUUGCUACUGCUGCUCCUCAACCACCACCACCACCACCACCACCACCACCACCAACCACUAAACCUCUCCACCACCUGCCACCCACUGUCUGCCGCCAUCUCUGCCCAUAUCCACUACGGCUCUCCUCCACCACGCUCGCAAACCCUGCCACACCCUGCUCACCUACAGCCCGCCCCACUCCCGAUAGCAAUCCGCGCAGCGCUUGCGGACCCCCUCCCCUACGCAUAACUCCAAACAAUGAGCCAGAACCGGCCAUCGGCCUUUUCCUCGCUAAGAAUGGGUGAAGUUAUCCGCGAAAAGGUCCAAGACGGCUUGACCGGAGACUACAAGGACCUCGCCUACACGCAAUGCAAGAUCGUCGGCAACGGCUCCUUUGGUGUCGUCUUUCAGACCAAGUUGUCACCCAGUGGUGAGGAUGCCGCCAUCAAACGAGUUCUCCAGGACAAGCGCUUCAAGAACCGUGAACUCCAAAUCAUGCGCAUUGUCCGACAUCCCAACAUUGUCGAGCUCAAGGCCUUCUUCUACAACAAUGGCGAGCGGCCACAGAAGGACGAGGUGUACCUGAAUCUCGUGCUCGAAUUCGUUCCAGAGACCGUCUAUCGAGCCUCCCGCUACUUCAACAAGAUGAAGUCGGUCAUGCCUAUCCUCGAAGUCAAGCUCUACAUUUACCAGCUCUUCCGCUCGCUUGCCUACAUCCACUCGCAGGGUAUUUGCCAUCGGGACAUCAAGCCCCAGAACCUGCUGCUAGACCCCUCGACUGGCGUGCUAAAGCUGUGCGAUUUCGGAAGUGCAAAGAUCCUGGUCGAAAACGAGCCCAAUGUGUCGUACAUUUGUUCCAGGUACUACCGUGCCCCUGAGUUGAUUUUCGGAGCCACAAACUACACGACCAAGAUUGAUGUCUGGUCUACAGGUUGCGUCAUGGCUGAGCUGAUGCUUGGACAGCCGCUUUUCCCAGGCGAGUCGGGCAUUGACCAGCUGGUAGAGAUCAUCAAGGUGCUGGGAACACCCACCCGCGAUCAAAUCCGCACCAUGAACCCCAACUACAUGGAGCACAAGUUCCCGCAAAUCAAGCCCCACCCAUUCAGCAAGGUUUUCCGCAAGGCGGAUCCUAGCGCCAUCGAUUUGAUCUCCAAGCUGCUCGAGUACACUCCUACACAACGUCUCUCGGCCAUCGAUGCCAUGGUCCAUCCAUUCUUUGACGAGCUGAGGGAUCCCAACACACGCCUGCCAGACUCGCGUCAUCCCAACGGGGCCACCCGCGAUCUGCCAGAGUUGUACAAUUUCACCCAUCAUGAACUCUCCAUUGCCCCUCAUCUGAACAGUCAGCUCAUACCGCCGCACCACCGCGCGACACUGGCUGCACGUGGCCUUGACUUCGAAUCGCCCAGCUUCAAGCCAUUAACCAAGGAUCAGAUGAUGGCCAGGUUGGAUUAAGCCAUGCUUACCGUCAUUCGAAACGAUAAUAUUUCUUCAUGCGGCGACUUUUGAUCCUCUCCGCUCCUGAGCACAAAGCUAUUCCGUCCGGAGAGAUGCAAAAAGGAGUCUCAAAUGGGCGUCGGUUUUAUUAGGUGUAUACUACGAGGAGCGCAUCCUUUUCUGCUUUGUCUGCGCGCGCGUCUGAAAUGAUACCGACAUUCACGUUUACAAAGAAUGACCUGGCUUACUUUUCUUUCGGGGCUACUGGCCUUUUCGUUCACG